GGGAAACUGGUGGGAAUUUCACCCAACCCAUUUCACCAUCUUCGUCUUCUUCCUCUACUGUGCUUUCACACACACGCGCACACCCACGCGCACACACAUUAAUACACCUGAGCUCAUGUAUGUUGCUUCGAGGAAUCAGCCUUCAAUCUCUCUCUCCUAAACCCCAUUUUUAUGCCCUUUUUUCCCUUUCACCGCUUUGCACUACUCCUCACUCAGAACAUUCAAACGACGCCGUUUUCAACGUUUCGGCCCUGAUCAAGCAACCAGACUGGCAAAACAACAUCAAUUUAAAAGCCCUCGUUUCUCACUCGAACCCGCAAUUUGUUUCCAGAAUCAUAAGCCUCCAUAGCAGGGAUCAUGUUCCCCUCUGCGUCGACUUUUUCAAAUGGGUCUGCAAACAAUCAACCUAUUGCUACGAUACGGAGAGCAGAAUUCAGCUACUGUAUCUAUUGGCCUCCGAUAAUUCGUACGGAAUUAUGCACAAAGUGCUGGUUUGGUUGAUUAAGGAGUGUUGUACUUCUCAAGAUGACCUUUUGAAGCUAAUGGGUGCUGUUGAAGACAUGCGGGAAAAUGUCGGGUUUCGGAUUAAUUACCCUUGUUACAGUGCGCUUUUGAUGUGUUUGGCGAAAUUAGAUAUGGGUUCGGUUUCAUUUUUGGUAUUCAAGAGAAUGUCGGAAGAUGGUUUCGUUGCGGGUGGGAUUGAUUACAGGACGGUUGUUAAUGCUUUGUGUAAGAAUGGGUUUGUACAGGCGGCCGAAAUGUUCGUUUCCAGAGUUCUAAAACUCGGGUUUCCGUUGGAUGUUUAUAUCCACACUUCUUUGGUUUUGGGUAAUUGUAGAGCUGGUGAAAUUGGUGACGCCUACAAGGUGUUUGAUUUAAUGUCUGAGAAGGAUGGUUGUGGUGUUAAUAGUGCCACGUAUUCGAUUCUCAUGCAUGGUCUUUGUGAAGCAAGAAGGUUAGACGAAGCUUUGAAGUUGAAGGAAGAAAUGUGUGUGAAGGGAUGCCAUCCGAGUACUCGAACAUAUACGGUUCUAAUUAAAGCUACGUGUGAUAAAGGGUUGAUCGAUAAGGCAUUGAUUUUGCUCGAUGAGAUGAUCAAGAAAGGGUGCAAGCCUAACGCUCACACAUACACGAUUCUUGUGGAUAUGUUAUGUAAAGAGGGAAAGAUCGAGGAGGCUAACGGGAUGUUUAGGAAGAUGCUUAAAGAUGGAAUAAAUCCCGGUAAUGUAACUUACAAUGCACUGAUUAAUUGUUAUUGUAAAGAAGGAUUGGUGGUUUCGGCUUUUGAGUUGCUUGGAGUGAUGGAGAGAAGGCAAUGCAAGCCAAAUAUACGUACGUACAAUGAACUUAUAGAAGGGCUGUGUGUAAUCGGCACACCUUACAAAGCUAUGGAAUUGCUGAGAAAGGUCGUAAACAAUGGCUUAUUUCCGACUCAAGUUACCUUCAAUAUCCUCAUUGUCGGGUUCUGUAGGGCGGGCCAAAUAGAGAUGGCUUUCAAGAUUUUGCAUUCGAUGAGCUCGAUUGGCAUUGCGACCGAUCGAUUUUCUUAUACAGUACUCGUCGAUAGUCUCUGCAAAAUGGGAAGAUUGGAGUUAGCGGGUUUUUUUCUUGGUUUAAUGAUCAAGAAAGGAAUCUUUAUUGAUGAAGUGGCGCUAACUGCUCUUGUCCACGGUUAUUGCAAAGCCGGAAAAAUUAGAUCUGCACUUAUGCUGUUCGAAGAAAUGGUCAAAGAUAGGUGUUUGACUAGUCCACAUACAUUCAACGUAUUUCUCGAUGUUCUUGGUAAAGAAGUUAAGCUAGUCGAACAAAAUGCUAUAUUGGGUAAGAUGUUAAAGCACGGUUUAGUUCCCUCUGUUGUGACUUAUACGAUAAUGGUUGACGGGCUUUGUCGAGCAGGUGAUAUAGAAGCUUCCUUGGAAAUGAUUGAACUCAUGGAAAGGGAUUCGUGUCCGCCGAAUAUCUAUACAUAUACUAUAAUCAUCGGUAGUCUUUGCCAGAGUGGAAAAUCGAACCAGGCAUUUGAAAUUGUUCGCACCAUGUUCCACAAAGGUUGUCGGGCGAAUGAUCAAAUAUAUUUUGCGCUACUCACCGCAAUGACGAGGAAAAUGGGGUGUGCUAAUAGAGACGACUUUAUUUUUACCAAAAUGGAUAUUUUCCAUGCUUUCCGAUUUUUCGACAAGAUUAGAGAAUAUGGCGGUCAUGCUUUUGAUGUAUACAAGUUCUUAAUCACGGGCCUAUGUAGAACGGGGAGAAUAUCGGAAGGGGAUAUCUUUAUACAAGAAAUGGUGAAAUACGGGCUUAUACCCGAUAGUGAUAUAUGUUCUUGCGCGAUCACGCACCUAUGCAAAAGUGGUGAAUAUACUCGUUCUCUCGAGUGGAUCAAGAGAUUCAAUGCCUACGGUUCUUUUCCGUUUUUUGCGUGUUACAGCACUGUGAUUGUUGGUCUUCAAAGUGAGGGAAGAUUUGAAGAAGCUGAUUGGUUGAUAACCGAUCUUAUGAGAAGUGCUGGUGUAGAGGAUCGUAAUGCAGUCUCGCCUUAUAUUGAUUUUCUGGUAAAUGGAGAGGGACCUUAUCAAUCUUUGGAGCUUCUCAACUUAUUAGAGCAAUUCGGGCACAACGAGAGGCCGAUUGUUUAG